AGAAAUUUUAUUAUUUUAUUUAAAUAAUUAACAGAUAUGUUGUUUAAUAAAAUGAAUAUUUUAUUGAUUAUUACAUCAAUUAUUUUGAUUACUUCUGGAGUACUGUUGACAGUGGUGUCCGGCGAAGGAAACUUCAAUUUCAAAGACGAUUCGGUUUCCUAUUUGAGUCUUAUUUUCGAUAUCAGCGACAAAUGCAGUAAAAAGAUACAACCGUUGGUUCAUAAGGCAGACAUUUGUUUGCAUCAAAGAUGGGGAUCAAUUGACUGGGAUGUCAAAGGUCACAAUCCAAAUACUGUCGACAAAGUAUUUUGUUGUCUCAGACAUGAAUUCAACUGUAUUAUGGAUCAAAUGAUAGAGAAAGAGUGUAACAAAGAUGAGAACAAUGAUUUUGCCGCAGAAAACAAGCUUUGGUCGCAUAAAACCAUUGACGAGAUUUGCUCGAAGAAUGGCAUUUCCAUCAGCGAUGUUCAGUGCAAAUCAUUGAAACCCAAAGAUAUUGGCGACAAUUGGUGCAAACAGUACAUACCCUGUACUAAACUGACUGAUACUAAAAUACAGUCGAGAAGUGGUGAGACUGCCGGUGACAGCACAGGUAACAGCACUGUUGGAAACACUGAUGGAGUUACUGGUGACGGCACCGGUACUCAAAAGACCAAUUAUAUUGUGUUCACUUUAUUUCUUAUAGUUUUCUCAAUUUUUCUAUGA